AUGGCCAAGUGGCUCCGGGAGUACCUGGGCCGGGGGGCUCGGCGCUCCCCCCCGCGCCCCCCCCAGCCCGACUACAGCGGUCCCGGUAGCCCCGGGGGCCCCCCCGGCGCCGCCCCCGCCGCUCUCCGCGGCCCCGCAGCCUCCCCGCGCCGCCGCCUCGUGCGGGUGGGGGGCACCGGGGGGACACCGGGGGGCGGCCCCCGCCACCUGCAGCAGCAGGGCCCAGGUGAGAGCGAGUACUCAGAGCCCUUCGAGGGGGAGCAGGAGGCGGCGCCCGAGGGCUGCGACGAGGAGGCUACAGGGUACCCGCGGCAGGGCGAGGGCAGACGGGUGCGUCCACGCCGGGGUCCCCAGCUCUAUGACACCCCCUCCGAGGAGUGGGACACGGCCGGGGAUGGCCCGGGGGGACCCCCGGCCCGCCAGAGCCGCCUCCCCCGCGAUGACGAGCGCCCGGCCGAUGAGUACGACCAGCCCUGGGAGUGGAAGAAGGAUCACAUCUCUCGGGCGUUCGCAGUGCAGUUUGAGAGCCCCGAGCGCUCGCCCAGCCUGUCCCGGCAGCUGCCGCGCUCCCCCCGCCCCCCUGGCACCCCCAGGCCGGGCUGUCCCCCCAGCCCCCGGCACGUGGACACCUCGCUGCCCCUGGAGAAGCAGGCGUGGUACCACGGCCCCAUCGGGCGGGCGGGCGCCGAGACGCUGCUGGCGCUGUGCCGCGAGGGCAGCUUCCUGGUGAGGGACUGCGAGACCAGCCCCGAGGACUACUCACUGUCCCUCCGGAGCAGUCACGGUUUCGUGCACGUGAAGCUGACGCGGACCCGGGAGCAGCACUUCACGCUGGGCCGGGCCGGCGCCGCCUUCCCGUCGGUGCCAGCGGCCGUGGGGCACUACACGGCCCGGGCACUGCCCGUGCGCGGUGCCCGCCACCUGUCCCUGCUCUACCCCGUGGCCGUGCAGCCCCUGUGA